CAGGAUGAAUAGAACUUUUCCUCAUGUUUUUCAUUCACCCACUCAUUCCCCUUAUUUUCACCCUUCCUUGUAACUGACUUGUUUUUAUCAUGAUGCGUUUUAUAGUGUGUGUGUACGUCCUUAUUAUGUAUCAUUUCAUCUUUAAAAAAAAUAGUGUAGGACGUCGUACGCAUGCGCGCGCGCACGGCUGUACGGCGGCGCGCGCCUAUAGGGGGUGUGUGCAUAAUAUAUAUGUGCGUGUGGUACAUGGUUUGGGCGCAGCGCAUGUGUACGAUCGAUGGAGUAUCUGCAGAGAGAGAAGAAACACCUCAAACACAUGCUAAGAACCACCGAGGAACGUCUUCAGAAAUUACGCUCUGUGAAAAGACACCGCACCAAGGCCAGCAUAGAUGAGUUAGCAGCUCUGGCUGGGAAGUGGCGCAGUGUCGCUCAGAGUGUCUCAGAGCAACUACUGGAAUCAAGUAAUUUACACCCUCGACCGUCACUACAUGAUCUACUGACUGCUUUACAUAUUGAUCCGUCACUGGUUCAUUACUGCGUUGUACAUGAAAACUUUUAUUGACAUUUCAUAGCUA